AUGGCGGGUACAGACUCAAAAGCGCCGUCAAAGCGCACCCUCUCCGAAACGUCUGGCAAGCGCAACAACGUGCAACUAUCGCCCCGCUCCUCAAAGAAGUUGAAACUCGAAAAUACCAAUGAGAGGAGCAGAGCGCCAAUCAAGACAGCAAAUGGCUCUUUCAAUUCGAGCCAGCCGGCACCAAGCCAGUUUGAGGAAACGCUGGAGAGGAUGGCAGAAGAUGUCGAGUCAGUGAAGAAGGGCAACAAAGAGAAGGACCAGGAAUGGCACCGGCCUGCGAUACCAGAAGACUUUAGUGAGAUGACACAUAACCUCACAUUUCAGCAGAUAGACGCCGAAGAGGGUGUGCUGAAUGGCGGAAGGGCCACAGUAAAACUGUUUGGUGUGACAGAGAAUGGCCAUUCCGUCCUCCUUCACGUUACAGGCUUCCAGCACUACUUCUACGUUGCCGCUCCCAUCGACUUCCACAAGGAAGACUGCGAAGGUUACAAGCUCUUCCUCGAGGGUGAAUGUCAAAAGAACUUCAACCAACACUCGGCUGUCAUAGCAUCAGUGCAGAUGUGCAUGAGAGAGAACAUCCUGCGAUUUCAGGGCAAUCAGAAGAGCCCCUAUCUCAAGAUCACCGUCUGUGACCCCAAGAUGAUCAACCGUGUGCGGAUGAUGGUACAAAAGGGCAACGCCAACUACAAACGGCUUUGGCCUGCCAGAGAGGACGGAAUCCUUACAUUCGAUAAUAUUGCAUACGUGCUGCGUUUUAUGAUCGAUACAUCGGUCACCGGAAUGUGUUGGGUUGAGGCCCCCGCAUCAAAGUACAGGAUGAUCAACCCCCGCGAGCGACAUUCCAAUUGCCAGUUCGAGGCACAAGUGCAUUACAAAGAUCUCAUUGCCCACUCAUCCGAAGGCGAAUGGGCAAAGCUCGCACCCCUCCGCGUUCUCUCUUUCGAUAUCGAGUGUGCUGGUCGCAAGGGUAUCUUUCCAGAGGCGAACGUCGACCCUGUCAUCCAGAUCGCAAAUGUCGUUACAAGAUACGGUGAACAGAAGCCAUUUGUCAGGAACGUGUUCUGUCUGGACACGGUCAGCCCCAUUGUUUCGACGGAGAUCUUUUCAUAUCAAAGCGAAGGCGAGAUGCUGAUGAAGUGGCGCGACUUCGUGGAGCAGGUCGAUCCGGACGUCAUCAUCGGAUACAACAUCAACAACUUCGAUUUUCCGUAUCUGCUCGACCGGGCGAAGCAUCUCAAGCUACAGAAAUUCCCUUACUGGACCCGUCUCAAGACUGUGCAGUCCAAGGUUGAAAGUUCGCACUUUUCGAGCAAACAGUUGGGAAACCGAGAUACUAAGACGACAAACACCAAUGGUCGUCUGCAACUGGACCUGCUUCAACUCAUCCAGCGAGACCAUCAUCUGCGAAGUUAUACGCUCAACUCAGUGUGCGCUCACUUCCUCAAGGAGCAGAAAGAGGACGUACAUCACAGUAUGAUCACAGAGUUGUUCAACGGCGACUGCAACUCACGGAGGCGUCUGGCUGUAUACUGUUUGAAGGAUGCUUACCUACCUCAGCGACUGCUCGACAAACUGAUGUGUCUGGUCAAUUAUACAGAAAUGGCUCGUGUUACAGGUGUGCCUUUCAACUACAUUCUUUCCCGAGGACAACAAAUCCGCUUCAUCAGUCAACUGUUCCGAAAAGCCCUCGAUCAUCAGCUCAUCAUACCUGAUCUUCCCAACCAAGGCGACAGCAAUGAUCAGUAUGAAGGUGCCACGGUCAUUGAGCCUAAACGUGGUUAUUACAGGGACCCUGUCGCAACUCUGGAUUUCGCCUCCCUGUACCCCAGUAUCAUGCAAGCUCACAACCUUUGUUACACAACUUGGCUCGAUAAGCAGACAGUGGAGAAGCUGAAGAUGAAGAAAGACGAAGACUACAUUGUUACACCACACGGGGACAUGUUCUGUACAGCAAAGACGAGGAAAGGGCUAUUGACAGAAAUUCUGGAAGAAGUGCUGAGCGCACGUAAGAAAGCCAAGAGAGAGCUGGCGACUGAGACCGACCCUUUCAAGAAGGCUGUGCUGAACGGUCGUCAAUUAGCCCUGAAGGUUACUGCAAACUCCGUCUACGGUUUAACAGGCGCUACCAAUGGUAAGCUACCCUGUCUUGCUAUUGCCAGUAGUACCACCAGUUUCGGUCGUCAGAUGAUCGAAAGGACCAAGGCUGAGGUUGAGGCCAAAUACAACAUUGCCAACGGGUACACACAUGACGCGGAGGUCAUCUAUGGUGACACAGAUUCUGUCAUGGUCAAAUUCGGUACCUCAAAUCUUGAAGAAGCUAUGAAAUUGGGUGAGGAGGCUGCCACAUACGUGACGUCCAAGUUCCUCAAGCCCAUUAAGCUGGAGUUUGAAAAGGUCUACUUCCCUUACCUGCUCAUCAACAAGAAGCGAUACGCUGGUCUCUACUGGACAAAUCCCCAUAAGUGGGACAAGAUGGACACCAAGGGUAUUGAGACAGUCCGUCGUGACAAUUGUCGUCUGGUGCAAACGGUCAUCGAAACUUCCUUACGCAUGUUGUUGAUCGAUCAAGACCCAGAGGGUGCACAAGCGUUCGUCAAAGAAACCAUCGCGGAUCUUCUGCAGAACAAGGUCGACAUGUCCAACCUCGUCAUCACCAAAGCCCUCACGAAACAAGAAGACAAGGACGGCAAGGGUGGUUAUGCCAACAAGCAGGCACACGUGGAACUGGCAGAACGCAUGAAAAAGCGUGACGCGGGUUCUGCCCCUGCUCUAGGUGACCGUGUCGCAUAUGUUAUGAUUAGGGCCGCCACCGGUGCAAAGAACUUUGAGAAAUCAGAGGACCCACUCUACGUUCUCGAGAACAACUUGCCCAUUGACACGCGUUACUAUCUCGACAAUCAACUCGCCAAACCAUUGGGCAGAAUUUUCGAGCCCAUUCUAGGCGAAAAGAAGGCGGCCUCGCUCCUUACUGGCGACCACACACGCUCCAUCACCGUUGCCGCACCCACCAUGGGCGGUCUGAUGAAAUUUGCAAAGAAGACAUCGACAUGCAUGGGUUGCAAGAAACCUCUUGUCGCCGCACACGAAAAGGAUGGCGCCGUGUGUGAAAACUGCAGACCUCGUAUCGGAGAGCUAUAUACAAAGACACUGAGCAAGGUGUCCGAGCUGGAGGUCCGCUUCUCUCGACUUUGGACGCAAUGCCAGCGUUGUCAGGGAAGUGUUCACUGCGAGGUCAUCUGUGCUUCGAAGGAUUGCCCAAUCUUCUACAUGCGGAUGAAGGCGAGGAAAGACGUUCAAGAUGCGGGUAAGGAGCUUGUACGCUUCGAUAAAGAUGCUGCACUCUGGUGA